AUGGAUAAAUUCACCAAGAAGAUGGAUUCUAAUAUUAUCUAUUACGUGGCUGCCAUUCUUGAUCCACGGGUUAAGACCUCCUUCAUCCGAGCUCAAAUAAGCAAGUCUGAUGCAGAUGUGAUUGUUUCUGAUAUACAUUUAAGCUCUAAGAUGUGGUCUUAUGGUAUGAUAGAAGAUGGGGAUCCUGACUGGAUAUUGAAAUGGUGGAAAGUAAAUGUCUUUAACUACCCCCUAAUAUUGAAAGCUGUACAAGACUAUCUUCCUAUUCUGUCUGCUGAAGUAGGCGUUAAGAGAUUGUUUAGUAACGCAUGA